AUGACAUUGCUCAGCGCAGACGUGCUCUGUCUUUCAGUUUUCAGUUUGCUCCCUCUCUGCUCUGGGGUGCAGAAGUACUUUGUGGGGGACACAGUGACAGACUGGGCUGGAGCGAGGCUGUACUGUCAACAGCACUACACAGACCUGGUCAACAUUCAAAACAGUCAGGAGCUGAAUGAUUUAUUAGGUUUUGUCGGUGAUCACUUUUGGACUGGGUUGUAUACAGUGUCUGGUGAGUGGAAAAGUUCAGAUGGUAAUCCAGUGAACUAUACUGGGGCGCUGUCUUCAGGAAGUGGCUGUGUUGUUGCGUGCUUUAACCACAAGCUGUAUGAACUGGAACCCUGUAGUAAUAAUUACAAACCUCUGUGCUACCUUGAUCCAGCCACAAUACAGAUCACUCUAGAACCGACAACUGGAAUCACAUCAACUCCAGAACAGUCCACUGGAAACCCUGACAACCUGGAGAAAAGGAGACACGUUGUAAGAAUUAGUAUAAGAGCAGCAGGCUCAGUGGAUGUGAAUGAACCCCCUCUGCAUAAAGUCAUUCUAGACAAGGUCCAGGAGCUGCUCUCCAAGCAGAUUCCAAUGAGCGGCUCCACUCUUCACUGGCUAGAAAAGGACGGAGUGAUUUUCCACCCGCAGCAGGAAGAGCAGAACACAGGGAACACUUGUGAAUAGUGACAAGCAGGAGGGAUGUUACAGUUUCAUUUUACCAUGGAUGUACAAGCUCUUAUUGCAUUAAAUAAUCACAGACACAGUUUGGUGAUGACUCGCUCGUUCAUACAGUAUGCCUGCAUUAAUCAAUUCAAACGAAACAGCAAGAUUUAAACCCCAGGUUACAUUAGAAUUUAUAACAUUAGCACAUUUUUUGUGACUUUGUUUUUAAAGAGUGCAGUUAAAUAAAGUAGUGGUUUUAGCAGCAGCUUCUUGUUUUUAAUUGCUUGCAAUGUAAUUUAGUUUUCAAUUUAACCCUUAUCAACACCCCUGGAGCCAGAAAGAGGGUUUUGGUAACAGACUGAGAGGAGGAACGAAAAAUAAUGUUUUUCAUGCAGAAAGACCCUCCAUGAGACCAGCUCCAUAUGAAAAGCAGCUCAGAGCCAGCUACAAACGACCUGCAAGGGUUUGGGUUUUGUGUUUUUGUUAUUUUACGAUUUUAUCUGAAUAUAGUCUGUUACAUCUUAUACUGGAAUUGUUAUCUGCUUUUAUCUAUUAUUUGAAUAUUCCUUUCUUGUCCACAUUAUAUAUUUUCUGAAUGACAUAUAAACAGUAAAGUUCUAAGUUAUUACAUUUCAUAGCAGUGGAAGACAUUUUCAGAAUAGACAACGCUGUAUAAACUGUUCAGUUCCACAGUGGGACUGGAAAGAUUUGCAGUCACCUGUUGGCAUUUCAAGCCUUAUAUUUGUUCACAACGUAAUAAAUAAUAACAAUAUAUUUUCAUAUUUAUAAUGUAUUUCCUGUGCAUUCUGUUGUGGAAGUGUGUAAAACACAAUUUAAUAUUGAUAGGCUUUUUGUUA